GGGAGAGGGAGGUAAAACAGCCUUGGUGAAGGGGCAGGGCAAUCAGUGGGCAGGGACCGGGACACACCGGAGGCACGUCAGAAAAAAACAGAGAGGAAAACUAGAGCUAAGUAGAGAAUUUGAGACUGAGACUGGGAGAGGAGAGCCACUCAAAGACUGAUCAGGAGGCAGUGGCCAAGCCAGGCACCUGGGGAGGACCCAAGUAAUUGUGAUUGGCACGUGUGGAAGAACCCAAGGAUGGCAGCGACGGACGGGGCAGGGCCAGACUCCAGCCCCCAGAAGCCUCGAUCCAUCCCAGAGCUGAUUAGGAAGAAGCGAGAUGGGGAUCGCCUGGAAGACGAAGAGAUUCGGAGCUUUGUUCGAGGGGUGACAGAGGGGACGGUGCAGCAGGCCCAGAUAGGAGCCAUGCUGAUGGCUAUCCGACUGCAAGGCAUGGACCUGGGUGAGACAGAGAUCCUGACCCGAGCACUGGCUGAGUCUGGGCAGCAGCUUCAGUGGCCCGAGGCCUGGGGACCGCUGCUGGUGGACAAGCAUUCGACCGGUGGCGUGGGGGACAAAGUCAGCCUGGUCUUGGCACCUGCUCUGGCUGCUUGCGGCUGCAAGGUGCCAAUGAUCAGUGGGCGGGGACUGGGACACACCGGGGGCACGCUGGACAAGCUGGAAGCCAUCCCAGGCUUCUCAGUGGUACAAAGUCCAGAGCAGAUGCGGGAGCUGCUGGAGCACGCAGGCUGCUGCAUUGUGGGGCAGAGUCAGGAGCUGGUCCCUGGAGAUGGAAUCCUUUAUGCCAUCCGGGAUGUGACUGCCACAGUGGACAGCCUCCCCCUCAUCACAGCCUCCAUCCUCAGUAAGAAGGCUGUGGAGCAACUCUCGACCCUGGUGGUGGAUGUGAAAUUUGGGCAAGCGGCCAUCUUCCCAAGCCAAGAAGGCGCUCGAGAGCUUGCCCAGGCCCUGGUGGGAGUGGGGGCCCGUCUGGGGAUCCAGGUGGCAGCUGCACUGAGUGCCAUGGACAGCCCUCUGGGCUGCUGUGUGGGCCAUGGGCUCGAAGUGGAGGAGGCCUUACGGUGCCUGGAGGGAGGCGGUCCCCCGGACUUACGGGACCUCAUCACCCAGCUAGGAGGAUCCCUGCUGUGGCUGAAUGGACAAGCCCCAACCUUGGCCCAGGGGGCAGCCCAGGUCGGGGCCACGCUGGACAACGGCUCUGCUUUGCGUCGGUUCCAGGCCAUGCUGGAGGCCCAGGGGGUGGCUCCUAAGCUGGCCCAAGCCCUUUGCUCAGGAUCUCCUGCCCAGCGCCAAGGCCUGCUCCCCACAGCCCCCACCAAGGAGGAGCUGAGAACAGUUUCAGAGGGCACCGUGGAGAAGAUCCAGGCCCUGCCCCUGGCCCAGGUUCUCCAUGAGCUGGGGGCUGGCCGAAACAAGGCAGGAGAGCCCCUCCACCAUGAUGUGGGGCUGGAGCUGCUGGUGAGCACAGGACAGAGAGUCACUGCAGGCACACCCUGGAUUCGAGUCCACCACAAGGGCCCAAGCCUGAGUCCGAAGCACCAGCAGAAGCUGCAGGAGGCCCUGACGCUGUCCAGCAGGGAGCCCUUCGUGCCAGACCCCUGCUUCAGGGAGCUCAUCCUCCCGCCUUCCAUGAGGGGCUGAGCCGGACAGAGCCGGACUGCGGGCUCCGGAGGCGCCCUUCUCUCCAGGGCGUCCGGCCAAGCCACGGUCCCCCGCAUCGGCCAGUCUGGCCCCCCACUCCCUCUCUUCCCUGACUUGACCUCCCACCCAGACCGGCUCUCCAGACACGUCCGGCCUUCGUCUCUGUCCCCCCGGAUGCCUUCCAAACGGGGGCUUUCCCUGCAGCUGCUGCUGCCCGGGCCCCUUGCUGGGGGGGGGGGUCUUCUCCCCGGGAAUAAACUGCCCAUUUGGGCAUGAACUCA